AGGAUGAUCCGGAUCGCGAUUGAUAUCGAUGUGGAAACCUAGACCCCGUCCACGAAGUGCAAAUGCAUUUCAGUUGCUAGGGCUUAGAAACACCGUUUGUGAGAGCAUUGACGAUGGCACCGCGACCACCCACGGAACGACAAGUACGGCUUGCAAACUCCGCAAAGAAAUCUACAGCAGGAAGAGCAGCAAAACGCUCCGCAGCCGGGUCGAGACCGAAGAGCCAGAGUGGUGGAUCGAACGGGGGCGAUUCUGCGGGCGCACAAAAAGGAUAUCCCGCACCUGCAGAAGCUUUCAGCACCACGAAGCGAGACAAACAAUCCAUGAAGCAUUCGCUCCUCCUACACAAGAUCGAGAGCUCGGGCGUCAAGAAGGCCAAGCGGCGGCGACCAAACAAGAAGCUAGUGACAAACCUCGACACUCUGAUAGAUGCGCUUCCCGAAAUUGGUCAGGAAGCUGGAGAGAACGCCAAACCAGAGACCGAGGCCGCGAAGCGACAACGAAAAGCAUACGGCUCUCGACCUGGUGCCCUCAAGCGGAGGGACAAGGUGGAGAAAGAGGAGCGCGAGUUUGUUGGAAAAGCUCUCGCGGCAUUAUCAGCUGGUGAUCCGCAAGCCUCUGACAAUCACACUGGACCCGAAGGAGCUGAGACCAAGUGGGAGAGGAUCAGGAAGGCUAUUGGAAUGAACAUGUCGAACGGGUGAACGGAUUGGCAGGUUCGCGUCAUCAUAGACCGUAGGCACGCUUGAAAAGCCCACUUCCGCGAGUUAAACGCCACUUGCAUACAGUGUCCAGGCAGGCACAUCGAUAUGCUCAGUGUUACAGCGGCACGCAGGCUACCUCAGUUG